AUGUCUGACCGUGUACCGCCUAAGGGCAAGGGUCAUGGAUCUACAUCAGAUGCUUCAAGUGAAGCGCCAAGUCACUGGACUAAGCUAAGUGAAAUACCAAGGAAAUUGCCAUUUGCAUGGUUAGCGGACAUCACGGAUUAUUUCGCCGAUGAGCGAAAACUUGGAAAUGGUUCGUUUGGUGUUGUCUACAAGGGAAUACUUCCGAGUGGUCAGAUUGUAGCUGUGAAGAGACUUAUGAACAUACUGGGACCGCAAGAUGUGCAAUUUGAGAAUGAGGUGAAUCAUCUUAUGAUGCUCGAGCACAAACAUAUUGUAGGGCUAGUUGGUUAUUGUCAUGAAAUACAAGUGAGGGAACACCGAGGAAGGUAUAUUCCAGCGGUAGCAGCUGAAAAGAUUCUCUGUUAUGAGUAUAUGGCCAAUGGAAGUCUUGACAGCAUGAUCUACGAUGCAUCUCUCAGGCCUGAUUGGAACAUGUAUUGCCGGAUAAUUACGGGGAUCUGCUUAGGCUUAUAUUACCUCCAUGAGGCUCGCAUUAUUCAUCUGGAUUUAAAACCUAGUAACGUCCUGUUGGAUGGUAGCAUGCAACCCAAACUUGCAGACUUCGGUUUGUCGAGACUCUUUGGUGAAGAUCAAACCAUGAAACAAACGACAACUGUCGUGGGAACCAUAGGUUACAUGGCACCAGAAUACAUCGGCGCUGGGGAAAUCACAACCAAAUCAGAUAUAUAUAGUUUAGGUGUGCUAAUCCUUGAGAUCGUCACAGGAGAGAAGAACCUCUCAAGGGAUGUGUCCGGCCUCCAGUACAUCAAUAAUGACAAUAAUUACACGCUGCCAGCUAGGUCACUGGAGAUCACCUGGUCGAACAAUAGCAGCUACUGGAGAUGGAUCCGUAUUCCGAACAAUAGUGCGCCCUGCAAGGCAUACCUUGUGUACAAGCUAUCAAAUCACACAUAUGGUCUCGACAAGAGGCUGGUGGCGAAGAUCAGUAUUGGCGGCACAGUCGUCUCGACCCAUGCGGCAUAUCUGAAGUCUCCAGAUGGCGCCCGUAGACGCGAUGUGAUUUACCCAGUUACCAGGGCCGAUGGCUGGAUGGAGGUCAAGCUGGGGGAGUUUGUGAACAGUAGUGGCGAAGAUAAGGAUUUGACCGCAAUCAUCAGUAACACUGACGGCUCUUGGAAAAGUGGGCUCAUCGUUGAGUGCAUGGAAAUCAGACCUGUCAAUUAA